UAACUUUGUCGCUGUGCUCUGUUUUCGACCGCCAAGAUUCGACGACCGCGUCUUCGUUCCAGCUCUCUCAGCUCAUCAUCUCUCUCUCUCACAUAUUUGAGUCAUCAGUCAUAAGAGUUGAAUAUUUGAAUGACGACGAUGAAUCAGAUCUAUUAUUAAAAAAAAAAAGUUGAUAAAACCCCAACAACAGCCAAAAAGAAAGGAUUUUUUUUUUUUUUUGGGUAAUUAAAUCUAAAAGAAACGAUUCAUCGUUGAAAAUUCAAAAGCUUUCACAAAAGACAUCAAUGUCAACAGCCCCCAUCAUCUCCCAUUCAUCCUCCAACACAGAAAUCUUUUUCUUCUAAAACAAAAAAAUAAAAAUUAUUGAAUCAUUUUUAUAUGGUGAUUCUUGAUUUCUUCCUCACGGGUCGUUGAAAGUCAAGUCUACAAACCCCCUUCAUAAAUUCUCAAGGUGAAUUUUUGACGAUCGUUACUCGGUCUUCUUUUCUUCUUCUUCUUCGACUAUAUAGAUGUGGUUCCCUUCGGAAACCUUGUUUUAUUUAUUCCUUGAAUAGUUUAUAGUGUUGCUUCCCCUUGUAGAAUUUCAGACUGGGUUUCUUUUAAAAACUUUUGAUUGCUUUCGAUUCGGGUGGUCAAAGUUGGCGCUAUUUUCCUACAAAAUUUUUAUUGGGUUUUUUGUUCAUUUUGCUCUGUCAGUAAUAUCCCUCCUUUGUUUAAUUGGUCAAUUCUCUCAUUCGGUUUUGGUCGCUUUCUUAGCGAAGCUUUUUUUUGGGUAUUUUAAGUGAGAAUUUGUCUCCAAUUUGAUCGUUUCGGAUUUACAAGGUUUCGAAUUCUAUCCGAAGAAUCACAAGUCUUUUAUUGUUAAUUGAGUAGCAUUUUUGACGACUUCUGUUUUUGGUUGUUUUAGCUGAAAGAGCUUUUGUUGGAUAAAAAGUUGGGAUCUGGGGCGAAAGGGAUUUACUUUUUGCCCAGGGGUUUUUGGUUUCAGUGUGUUAUGCACUGAAAAGAUUAACCUUGAUAAAUAUGCACAUGCCUUCAAACUGAAGAAAUUAGAUAUAUAGCUGAUUAAGGUAGAGAGGAGUUUGAGGGUGUUUAUAUAUUGGAACUAUUAGCGUGAUGGAUGGAAGUAAUGGUGGAUCAAAUGCACCAGCACCUUUCCUCACCAAGACCUAUGAAAUGGUGGAUGAUCCUAUGACAAACUCUAUUGUCUCUUGGAAUCAUACUGGACACAGCUUCAUAGUGUGGAAUCCACCUGAGUUUGCUAGAGAUUUGCUUCCCAAGUAUUUCAAGCACAAUAACUUCUCCAGCUUUAUCAGGCAACUCAAUACAUAUGGUUUUAGAAAGAUUGAUCCUGAUCAAUGGGAGUUUGCUAAUGAGGAAUUUAUCAGGGGACACAGGCACCUUCUGAAGAACAUAUAUCGUCGUAAGCCUAUUCAUAGCCAUUCUGCGCAAGGAAAUGCUGCUGUUUCACUUAGUGAUACAGAACGCAAAGAAUUCGAGGAGGAAAUUGAGAAGCUGAAAAGGGAAAAGAAUAUGCUUGAAUCCGAGCUAGAGAGACACAAGCUGGAGAAUAAAGAAUAUCAAAUUGAAUUUAAUUCACUUGGAGAACGUGUAAAAAAUAUAGAUGAUAGGCAGAGGCAGUUGCUAGCAUUUUUGGCUCAGCUGUUGCAAAAACCGGGAUUUGUCUCUGACUUUGUGCAGCAAUCUGAAAUGCAUAGCAAAAAGAGAAGAUUGUUAGUUUCUAAUUACUUGUAUGAUGAAGCUCAUAUGAUCCAGAGCCCUGCUGUCGUUGCAGAACCAAAUCCGAGUUCAUCACUUCCAGUGGUAAAUGCAGAACUUGUUGAGAAACUGGAUUCAUCUGUAAAUUUUUGGGAGAAGUUUCUUUAUGGAAUCUAUCAGUCCUCGGCUGAAGAACUGUUUGGCUUUCCUCAACCCUCAUCAGUCACCGUAACUGCAUUGGAUUCAUCUUCUGGAGAUUCUGAUGUCAAUAUCCAACCAUGCUCCUCUAAUUCUCUUAGAAGAUCGCCAUCCGGAGAAAUUCUCUCCCCACAAGACAUGGCUGUGUCUCCUGAUCAUAUUCAGAGUGCUACACCCUCAACUCUUAAUUUGGACUGGAGACCUAAGUCAUCAGGAGCUGUUGUAAGCACUAGUUCCGUUGAUGUUCCAGAAACUGUUACAUCAAAAGACCGUGCAUCUGCAUUAGCUCCCAAUGCAGCUAACGAUGGCUUUUGGCAACAGUUUCUAACAGAAAGUCCCGGUGCCUCUGCCACUCCAGAGGUACAAUCAGAGCGAAACAAUCCUGAUGCCAGAAAAAGUGACAGUAUGUUUGCAGAUCAUCACAGAUUUUGGUGGAACACGAAUAACGUACAAAACUUAACAGAACAGAUGGGUCAUCUUACUCCCACUGAAAAGACAUGAUAAUCAUUUUUACCCUCCAGGAUUAGACACACUGUACUACCUAGCUGCUUCUAUAAUAUACUAACAACGAGGUAAUGGCGUUUGUGAUUUGUUUGGGCUGUUGAUACUGUAGUUUAGUGGUACAUACUAGUUCUAAGUGAUUUUGGUGCUACUUUCUUUUUCUAUACUAGCAUUUAUCAGCUUUAGAAUGUUCUGUAAAGUAUCAGCUCCAUUGAUUUGCUGAUUUAGUUGAAUCCUUGAUGUAGUAGUGUACUAAGCUUAGUUGCACUUGUUAGAGGCUUUUGAUGGAAUUUCAUUGCUAUAGAAAGGGCCGCGAUCUAGGCGGCUUGCAUACAAUUUUGCAAUAAAAUGGCUAGCUGUUGUGCUUUCUAUUACCGUUUCUCUUAUAGUUUACUACUGUAAACUCCUAAGUAUUUCAGAUUUGGGUAAAGCUUUAGUGGAAAAUCCAUCAAUCUGUACAUGAUUUUUCUAUUUUUCAAAUUGAGUGUGUUUGUAGUUCUUUAAUUGGCAUCUCUAAUUACCUCAGGAGUUCAAAACUGAUAAGCUGCAUGGAGGGAUUACCUCUUUGGCUGCUAUGGUCUUCACCCGUGACUUCCUGUUAGUCAUUGUAUGCAUUGUCCAUAGAAACAAGCAUACACCAGUAGUAAAAAAUGACCUUGUUUUUGCCCUUAAAAUUGAGUUCAGAAUCUUCAGAAAGGCUCAAUGUAGUCUACCAGAUAUGUGUUACAACCAAAACUACAUAGUUUAAGUCUUAACAAGCGCCAAAUGAUGUGUGAGUAUUUUUCGCAAAGUGUUAAUAGAGCAAUAUAAACACUAAUCAAUCUAAAGUUAAUUUGUGCCUAAAGUUAAGUUGCACCUUUAAUUUGUGUCGUAAGUUUUUCUCUGCAACACCUGCAAUCUGUCUUCCCCCACCAACCAACCUGUUUGCAGGUGUUCAAACAACUCCCCUUUAUGCAGAAACAAACCUGUUGCUAGAAGCCUAGAACUGAGACUCAGAAUUUCUGGUAUCUGGCUAGUUGACUUUAAAAUGUU